CCCAACACAAGAACCUUUAGCCUGUUAUCUUCCGGAUUUCAAGAACGAGAAGGUCAAAUCCGAUGGAUGGGAAUAUGAGGCGGUUACCACCGUGGAUGAUCGCCGGCGCGUCAUCCGGUGUAACAGCUACAAGCAAUAGAACAGACGAGGGUGAAGUAAAACAGGAAGCAGAAGCUCCCAAGACCAAGAAGAAGCGUAAAACUCGAAGAGAGAGAGAUGACUCAGAGGAACCCAAAAAGGUGGAGAUCAGGAGAAGAGGAAGAGUAGGUAGGAAAAUCAAAGAAGAAGAGGCUAAGCCUAGUAUUCGCGAUGAUGUUAAGAGUCCCGAGAUUAUUCAAUCCGUGACUAGUCCAGAAGAUGAGGAGGAUCUCACGGUUGAUGAUUUGUUAAGCUUUGCUCAAGAGUACGUCAAAGGUGAGGAAGAGGACCAGGCAUUGUCAACAUCUGAAUCAAUGGUGGUUGAUGUCAAUGAUGAAUCAAACAUGAAAGCUCCAACAUCAGAUGACAUGAUCAGUUUGCUAUUGGGUCCUUUUUUCAAUACUCGAAAAUAAUUAGAACUUGGAUUGAAUUAGAGAAUUGUGUACAUGUUUAUUAUUUUUGAGAUUUUGGUUUGAUUUUCCGGUAUAUAUGAUAAAGGUUCAAUUUGUUUUCUUGUUUAUGAUUCUUUAUGACACAAAGAGAAAGAGAUUGGUGAGGAAGAUAAUCAAUAAUAAUGUAAGAGCAACUGAGUUCAUAAGCCGAUGGAAAACAGCAAACGAAAGCAUUAGUGCUCGUAUCUAUUUUGGCAACUAAAAGGACCGAAAGCACCACUUUCUCAAGCGCAUCAGUGACGUGCUGCCUUUUUUUUUUGUAAACUCAAAAACACAGAAACACAACUUGACUUCAUAGACCCAAACAGGCAUACAGAGAGAGUUUAAGAUUGGUGGAGACGAUUGCACUAUCAACUGGAACCUAUCUACUAUGUAAUGAGAACGUAAGUGGAGACGUGGUAUAUGUAUAGUUAGUGACGGCCACUUCUUGAAAACCCUAAUUAAUAUGCCCUAUAGUCUAGUGGGCCCCUAGUCUUUUAGUUGCUCAGAAAAAGUCUAAUGGGCCUUUUUAUUUGUAUUGGGGUUUUCAAUUUUUAUUGUGUUGGAUUAGUAAGAAUAAAUGGAUCAGCUAAGACUCCUUUGCUUUGUUCUUCAUUAGGCUUUUCAACUUUUAUUUUUUUUUGGUAGGAAGGCUUUUCAACUUUUAUUGAGGGUUGGGUUAGUAAGAAUAAAUGGAUUAAGCACGACUCCUUUGCUUUGUUCUUCAUGAGUAGUGUACUGUCUAGUAGAUAGUUGUGGUCAAUUUCUAAGCAUCUAAUAAUUAUUAGUAGGUGUGGUUAACUCAAUGUAUCUACUCGUUCGCUCUUUUCCCUUUCAAUUCGAAGCAACACGCUUAGCUUUCACAUUUAGGAUAUGAUUCAAGUCCGAGCAUGUUUCAAGGAAUCUUAAGGCUAAAAGAUUUGUUCAAGAAACCGAAUAACAAAGAUUUUCCACCGAAAUUAGUCACAGGUGAGUUGAUUCUGUUAAAACUUGCAUACUCAUACAAACAACCUCUGUGUAAUUUUAUAUUCUGCUGUGUCUUUUUAUAUGAUACCAAAAAUUUACUUAUUUUGCAUUCGUGAAAUAAAAUUAAGUAUUUUACAUAAUCAUAUUCAUAUGAGAGUCACAGAUCCCUUUCUUAUUAAAGGAGUAGCAUUGGUAAAAAUAAUCAUUUGCUUCAUGUAUUUAUUACAUGAGUGUCAUUUCCUAUGUGUCAUCACCUAAUGCAGUCUCAAUUACUUUUUUAAAAAACCCUUUAUGAACUAGAAUAAUUACAUACAAAUACCACUGGUCAUUUGUUUAUACUAUAUGAUUUCGAUUUAUCAUCUUGAUUACAUUUCGCGAAUUAUCAUCUUGAUUACAUUUCGAUUUUUUUUUUAAAAAACGGGGCUCUAAAUAAGGCAGUAUAUUAACUCGACCUAAGAGAGGCUUUAUGGUAUGUUCGAAGAUUUAGAAGUUUUUCUUUUAAAUAAGGCAAUAAAAUAUGUGCCUCAUCUAAAGUCAUGUACGCUUUAGUACAAUUUUUGAUUCUUUAAACGUGGUACAACAAAGUUCUUUACGGUUUGUAUUGGUUAUUUUUACCUGUACGAAAGUUCAUAUCAUAACCUGUACGAGUGUUCAUAUCUAAUUUUGGAAUAAGCAAACCAUGUUUAUCGUAAAACUAAUAUCAAAUCGUUUAUCAUAAUGUUCAUAUCAUAACCUAUACGAAUGAUCACAUAAAAUCGUGGUAUGAUAUUUUCAAAUGUCAAGGAAACACAAUUGAAUUAUGUAUGUAUUUAAGGCAACAAAAUGAUAAAGGAAACAAAUCGUGGUAUGAUAUUUUCGUGGUAUCAUACCUAUAUUUAAUGCGUCAAAAUAUUAAGGAAUCACAAUUGAAUUGUUAACGUAUUAAAGGAAACAAAAUUCAAAGACUUGAAAAACUUACCUUAAUCGAUAGGAGAAUAUUUCUAAAAUAUUUUUUGCGUGACCAUCACUGAUUUUCUUUACCUAUUUCACGUCCAGGCAUCACGCAAUUUAUAAAUCAGGCAACUGGUAUAUACAGUAUUAAUUUCCCAUCAUUAAUAUCCGUUUCUUCGAUUGAAUUUGGCGUGGAUAUGAAAGACCUAGGCUCCGUGUUGAUAUAAAUAAUAUUUUUUAAAUUCUCUAGAUGAUCUAUUUGCUAGUGCUCAUAAUAAGAUUGCAAACGAAGACUUCUGAAGGUAUUAUUGACAGAAGUUAUUUUGUCGCUAUUUUUAAUUUUCUUUUGUUUUUUUUAUACAUUGUUCCUUUUAUAUUUUAUUAGACUAUUGCUUACUCCCUCCGUUCGUUUAUACAUGACGCUAUCCGAGUUUCACACAGAUUAAGACAAAUAUUGUAUUGUCUAUUUUGUCCUUUGUCGUUGCUUUCUUACUCAUUAUUACAAUUAUUAUUCAGUCAAACUUCACCGAUCCUAAUUUCUAUUAGUCUUAGCUAUUAAAUAUAUUGACAAAUUAUCAUAAGAAAUGUAUAAAUGCACCAUUAAUUUUAAGUCAAGUUUCUGUGUUCUUGUGAUAUACGUACAAACAAAUUUUUAGUGUUAAAAUCAUUCUAAAAAUUUUCAUCAUGGAGCCAAAACAAAAAUUUUUAAACUAAAAUUGGAGCCAAACUUAAAAUAAAUCAUGAUUAUAUAUUGACUGAGCACAGUCAAGCGGAUCACAAUUUCCCUGAUGAAUUAUAAUUUUGAUCUAAAUCUUCCAUUUACAAGUAAUGAAAGUGAGUUUUUGUUUGAUCUAAAUAAAACUCCUACUGAUGAAGAAAUAGUUGUAUUCAAUAAUGAAGAUGAUGUUGCUAAUGCGAUCGAUGAAAUUGUCUCCAACGAUUGUUUUAGCAAAACAGAUUCAGGUAAAUUUUUCCAUUCUACGGAGUAAUUCUUUUUUCUCAACAUUUUGCUGUUCUAAUAACGAUCAAUAGUGUUAAAUAAAAUUUGACUUUUAGUUAUAUUUGUGAUUUCUGUACACAAUUUUGCAUAGACUAGUCAACAAAGGCUGCUAUUUUUGUUUGUUUGUGAUGUGUAUGUUCAAUUUGAUUUAAAAUUACUCCAGACAUUUAUUUCUACUUGUCUCUAUAGUUUUCUUAAUACGGAGUAUAUGAAUGAAAGUUGUGUAUGUUUAUAUGAACAAAUAUACAUGUGUCGUUCUUUUAGGUCAGUCUUGCAAAUAUUUUUUGGCUAACCAUUUCUAUUUUUAUAUUAAUAUGUAGAGAUUGAUGAUCAAACAGAGCUUCCAAACGGAAAAAUGUUGAAUAUCUCCAACCCCGAAAGAUGGGCAAUAUAUAAUGCUUUGUUGGAGAGAAGUCAAAAUGGAGAACUAGAGAAAAAUACUACACGGGAAGUUUCUGAUUUGUUUAUGGUACCUAUCCGAACGGUGCAAAGGAUAUGGAAACAGACUAAAGACACUUCAAAUGAUGAAGAAGUCAAUGUAUCACACAAAAAAAACGGACGCUGUGGUCGUAAGAAAAUCCAACUUGAUUUGAAUCAAGUUAUGGAAAUUCCGUUGCGCAAGAGAACGUCACUACGGUCGCUUUCAAUGGGUUUGGGCAUUGCUACUUCGACAUUACAUAAACGUGUCAAGGAAGGUACGAUUCGACGUCAUACUAAUGCUAUCAAACCAAGUAUAACGGAUGAGAAUAUAAGAGCUAGAUUGAAGUUCUGUUUGUCUAUGUUGGAAAAGGACUCUCUGGUUCAUGAACCAAAAUUCAUUGAUAUGUACAGUAUUGUACAUAUCGACGAAAAAUGGUUUUACAUGACAAAGCAAACAGAGAAGUAUUAUUUACUUCCAGAGGAAGAGGUGCCUCAUAGAACUUGUCAAAGUAAGAACUUCAUUACGAAAGUUAUGUUUUUAGCAGCGAUGGCUCGGCCAAGAUUUGAUGAUGAAGGGAAUGAGACAUUUUCUGGAAAAAUAGGAGUAUUUCCUUUUGUCACCCUCCAACCAGCUCAAAGACGAAGUAAGAACAGAGAUGCUGGAACUUUGGAGCUAAAAGCAUUAACCUCCGUCAAAAGAAAAGAUAUAAAAGCGUAUUUGAUUGAAAAGAUUAUUCCGGUAAUCCAUGAACGAUGGCCAAUUGAAGAUCGGGGGAAGACUAUAUUCAUUCAACAAGACAACGCACGGACACACGUUGAAUGCGAUGACAAAGAGUUUCAAGAAGCUGCGUCUAAAAACGGUUUUGAUAUACGUCUAAUGUGCCAGCCUCCAAAAUCACCCGAUCUAAUUUUAGAUCUUGGUUUUUUCAGUGCGAUCCAAUCACUACAAUACCAAGCAUGUCCGACUACUGUAGAAGAUCUUGUGCAUGCCGUGGAAGAUUCUUAUGAAGAAUACUCUUCCGAGAAGGUAAAUUAUAUUUUUUUGACUCUUCAGACUUGCAUGAAAGAGAUCAUGAAAGUUGGAGGGAAAAAUAACUAUCAAAUUCCACAUAUGAAAAAAGCUGCGCUCGAUAGAGAAGGUCGCCUUCCUCUUCAAAUAAGCUGUGAUGUUUCACUAGUCCAAAGUGUAAUGGAUACACUAGCUUCAUCUUCAUGAGUUAGUUAUUUAAAAUUGUUGAACUAUCGUUGGAGUCUUUUUGUUUGUUCAGAUUUCUUGUAGUUUUAUUAUUUAUUAAUGUUUUCAAAUGAAUAAAUUUUUGUUAUUUUUUUUAUUAACAUAAAAUUGUUUUGUGAAUAAUAACAACGACAAGACCAAAAAGUAGAGCAAAA